GAGUUAUCAAAGCAGAAACAGGGUUAUCGCCGUUUGCACGGUCAAAAACGGUCGCUGAGUGACGGAACUUUUCAACCAUGGAUGAGCAGGUUCUUGAUUAUGAACUAAAACAAGUAAACGCCUAUACUCUUGUGGCUGAUACCGCUUUGUUGAUUGGCUUUGGUUUGAUUGGAGGUCUGUUUGUACCAAUGGUGUUAGGAACUUUUCACAGAGGAUUCUUCUGCAAUGAUCAAUCAAUUAUGUACAUAUAUCGAAGUGAUACUGUAACGACCACAAUGCUCCUAAUGUAUGCAUUUUUGGUGAUGAUUAUGACGAUCACCGCGACGGAAUCCUACAGAGCGAAAAGGCAGACCCCGAUUCUCAACUAUCGGUACAAAGUGGGCAACACUUACAUACAUACAAUUUUUGCACAAAUCCUCAGAAAUUUUGGCUACUCCAUUAUUGGCUUGGUUUGCGUCCUCGUUCUCACUCAAAUCACAAAAUGUUGUGUUGGACGACUGCGGCCGCACUUUCUCGACGUAUGCAGGCCCUUGAACUUCACUUGCCGUAGCGAUCAGUACUACAGCGACUACAUAUGUACAGGUGACCCACUGAUGGUGGAAGAAGCACGAAAGUCAUUCUUCAGCGGUCAUUCAUCCAUUUCAAUGUACGCCUCGACAUUCUCAGCGCUCUACUUGUUAGCACGAGUGCCUCGGCAUUCGAUCGGCAGAGUGUUUCUUCCCGUCUCACAAACAGCUCUUCUUGCCAUUGGACUACUGAUAUCGCUCUCCAGGAUCAACGACAACAAACACCAUUGGAGCGAUGUCAUCAUUGGGAUCCUUGUCGGCAUGUCUAUAGCAGUGUACACGUGCUAUGUAUGGGCCGGAAUGUUUGCAAAGCAACGCAAAGAGCUUCUUCCAACAACACGACAACAUACGGAUUACCGAGGCACAGCCACAUCGAACUCAACUCACACUAUUUCACUGCAAACAAAUGUACAGCCAGAAAGAAGCAACGGCAUAUCAUGAGUGCAGUUGAAUAAAGUGUUGUACAUACUGGAAAUUUUCAC